GUUUGUGCUCGGCUCUACUGCAAAUGUGAUUGUAAGACAUAGUCAACACAAAGUUAAUAUGAAUUGUUAGUGUGAGUCUUACAACUGUGCCUCGGAGGAUAAAUCUUCAUUUCCCGUUACUAUUUAAGCACGUAAAUAUUGCUAGUGGCGCCGCAGUGAUAAAACUAUGGCACUAUGAAACUAAAGCAACUACUAGGGUAAUAUAGCAGGGCUGCCAACUGUGAAUCCUGAAUUUUCCACACGCUAACCUAAAUUUUUUAGCGUGGUUGUGAAAGUUUGUCGUGCUGGUCAUUGUGUCUUUGAAAUUGUUUUUCGGAAGAUUUAUGGCUCCCUUGCAUGUGGGUUUAUUUCAAUCGGUUAGUCGGCGUUGUUUGUGUUGCCUAUCCUCCACGACUUGCACUACGUAUACUGAAAUCUUGCUUUUUCACACAUAAGGUAAUUGUGGAACUUUGCCAUGUGUGGACGGAGCAGGCAAGUUGGGACUGAAACUCUUGCUGGGAGAAUGCUGAAGGACGAUUUACAGUCGGUGUAAUGUCUCGCCGCGAGGCGAAACAUUAUCCGGAAACUUUUCAAAAGUUUUGGACACGCAAGGUCGCAAUUAUUAAACUCUUUUCGCAAUCAUAUUUCAUUACGCUUUGGGAAGUAAGUGAACUAAAAAUGAAUCUAUUUCCAACUGGUAAUAACCGUUAUACUGCUCGAGUUUUUUUUUUUUCAUUUUUACUUGGAUUUCACUCAAUAAAAACUAAUGCGAACAUUGUCUGAUCAUUUAUUGUUAUUUCAACAACUGAACGAACUGGAACAAGGCUUGAAGUGAGAUUUAUUUUGCAACAAAAAAAGAAAUUAUCAAUGAGUUAUCUGACUCAUUGUGACCUCUUUUUCUGGUGAAUAUUAAUAAAAUUGAUGAAAUUGUAACGAUCUAAUCAUAACUUGUGGUUAGUUUUGUAAAUACCGCAAUUAGAAUGACAUAACUUAUAAUUUGAGAACGCUAAAUAUUGUUUAAUGGGUUUAAUUCAAAAAUUAUACGCAAUUAAUUUUAGAUUCAACAAAAAAUCAGAGGAAGUUUAAAACACACAGAUGCACAGAUUUUAUUCCUUCCUGUUUUGCUGAUAUUGCUGCUUUUAGUAUAAAGAAACGUUCAAGGGCACCAUUCAACAAUUCAUUCGAAAUAACUUAUUCAUGUUUCUUACACAUAUUAUCAACACACGAUGUGUGUAAUACCUUUAAAUUAAAAAUUGCGCAACCAAUGACCAUUCGCGUUUAUAACUCCCACCAAUCACGAGUCGGUCGCACCUGCUUCAAUUACAAGACUAAUCUAAAUUAAAUUGUAUCCAACGACGUGACUGAUCAGCAAUCACAACCAGUUCAAAAUGCAACCACCACGGUUCGACUUCUGUCAAUACUUUGGUUUUGUUUUUCUCUCGUACUGCGUGGUACCGCGAAAUCAAAUCACUCAAAACUAUGUGCAACGCAGUGUUUCAAACAGUUUUGUUACCGACUACGAAUGGUCUUCAGUUAAUUUCACAUGGCCCUCACGUUCUGCAUACGAAGAAGCUUUGCAAAAUGGUGUAUAUGUACCAGAGCACAACGCGCUAAUAGGUAUCAAAGUUUAUAAAGACAGAAUGUACCUUGCUUUACCACGUCUACGUCCUGGUACACCUAUUACACUCGCCAGCGUACCAAUAAACCAUCAGGACGAUAUCAACGAAGUUGGAGAAGUGCCCAUAAAACGUAAUUUGUUACUAGACCCAUUCCCAUCAUGGGAUAUGAACGUCAAAACAAGUUGUACAACAUUACAAAAUGUACAAAGCAUGGAAAUAGACCGACGUGGAAUAAUGUGGAUCCUAGAUGGAACUAGAAUUAAUGACUUUACUAAAUGUCCUCCGAAACUAGUCCUGAUUGAUUUGAAUAAUAAUCGCAUAGUAUCACGACAUAUUUUCACUCCAGAUAUUGCACUAACCGAAGGUGGGUUUUUAAACGAUUUGGUAAUCGAUGAAAGUGAUGGUGGUUACGCAUACAUUACCGAUAACAGCGCUCUUGAUCCCGGUUUAAUUGUUUACUCACGCAAACAAAAACGAGCAUGGAAAUUACGCGAUCGUUCGAUGUUUCCCGAACUGGACGCGACAAAUUUUACCAUCGACGGUGUUCGAUUUGGGGCACUUGCUCCUAUUGAUGGUAUUGCGCUGUCACCGCUGAAUCCACGGCGAAAUGAAGAAAGAAUUGUUUACUACACAGCUCUGAGCGGGUAUAAUCUCUACGCGAUUUCUAAUAGAAUUUUGCGUAAUGAGCGAUUUUGUAAAGGAGAUCAAUGGCGGGCGUACGUUAAACAUGUUGGUCGGAAGCCCGCCAUAACGGAUGGGAUGAUCAUUGAUAAUAAAGGAAACUUAUUCUAUGGUUUAAUUCAAAGUCAUGGCAUUGGCAAGUGGAAUAUUUAUGAGUAUUUCAAUACUGCGAGGGAAGUCGUCAGUAAUUCCCGAGAGAUUAUAUGGCCUGACAGUUUUGCAAUGGACAAUUCUGGGUAUCUGUACGUUCUGUGUAAUGGCAUUCACAAAUAUUUUGAUCAAGGACAUCGACUCACGGUUUCCGAUGAAGUCAAGUUUCGGGUGUUGAAAUUGUAUACUGGGAAUAAGAACUAUAUGUAUUCGCCAUAGUUUUUUAGUACUAGAGUAAAGGAUUGAUAUAUUUUUUUUAUAUUUUUGUGUUACUGUAUAGUUUAGUUUGUGAUUGCGUUGGUGUGAUAAAUAUUCUUACAAUCA